GGCUGCCUUGCACAGUAAACUCCCAUCCAGCUGGCGGCCCUGUUGUGUUUCUGGGUUCGUCACCAACUAGAACAAAGAAUGUCCUAAGAUUCCUAGACUAGAACACGGAAGUAGAAUUGGUAAGGAGUUUUUAUUUUUUCUGUUCCUUGUGUGGAGUAAAGAAAAUACAUACUGACCAAACUGAAUAGGCUACCCAGAUCUAAUUUUACUGAAAAUGUCUAAACUACAGAUGUUGCGUUUGAUUUUAAAUGAGCGUUUAACGGCGGCUGCUGUGGAUAUUUUUGGGGCAGUUGAGAAAACGGUAGUAGAGUACCAGGAGGAGAAUGAUCGGCUACGGAGACUUCUGCGGAGGACACCAGAGAUACAACUAUGUCGAAUAGUCCCUCCAGAAUCCCUGCAGCUCUCUGUCUCUGAAGAGGAGGUUCCCCCUGAGCAGCAGCACUGUGAGCAGGAGUGGAGUCCCAGUCUGGGACAGGAGGACCCAGAGACCACACAGAUUAAAGAGGAACAGGAGGAAGUCAGGACCAGUCAGGAGGAAGAGCAGAUUCAAGGGUUGGAGCCUGAUGUCAUGGAGUUCAUAUUUACUCCUUCCUGUGUGAAAAGUGAAUGUGAUCAGGAGGACCCACGUCAAGAAGCCGUACUAGCUGAACACGCAACUCUCAGUCCACUGAAAACAUCUAAACUACAGUCGUUUCGAGAGUUUUUAAAUGAGCGUUUAACGGCAUUUGCUGCUGUGGAGAUUUCCAGGGAAUUUGCGAAAGCGGUAGCAGAGUACCAGGAGGAGAAUGAUCGGCUACGGAGACUUCUGCGGAUCACACCGGAGAUACAACUAUGUAGAAUAGACUCCCUGCAGCUGUCUGUCUCUGAAGAGGACGUUCCCCCUGAGCAGCAGCACUGUGAGCAGGAGUGGAGCCCCAGUCUGGGGCAGAAGGACCCAGAGACCACACAGAUUAAAGAGGAACAGGAGGAAGUCAGGACCAGUCAGGAGGAAGAGCAGCUUCAAGGUCUGGAGCCUGAUAUCAUGAAAUUCAUAUUCACUCCUUCCUGUGUGAAAAGUGAAUGUGAUCAGGAGGACCAAACCAAGACUGUGGAGAACAGAGAGAGUGACUCUAAACCAGUGGAUCUCAAACCUUUUAUCACUGUGACCCACAUUAAGGGUCUCAACAUUCCCUGUGACUCUACAGAUAAUCAAAACAAUGCCUCCAGCCACAGCUCAGCCGUAAGCAGCUACACAGUAGGACUUGACAGCAGUCCACUAUUUGAAAAACACUGUUCCAAAACCAGCACCACAUCUAGAAAAACUCACAGCUGCCGUGACUGUGGUGAAACAUUUGCUAAAAAAGCUGACCUGAAGAGACAUGUGACUCUCACCAAGAACAGACCCAGUGAAUGCAGCUUUUGCAAAAAAAGCUACAACUCCACCUGUAAACUGAAGGCCCAUGUCCGACUCUGUCACAUUGGGAAACCCUGCACCUGCCCUGUUUGUGGAAUGACCUUCAAACACAAAGGAAUUCUGUCCAAGCACAUGAGGAUUCACACAGGAGAGAAACCAUUUAGCUGCGGUGACUGUGGGAAAAGCUUCAAUCGGAUGGGGCACCUAAACAUGCACAAAGUGACUCACACAGGAGAGAAACCAUUUAGCUGUGGUGACUGUGGGAAAAGCUUCAAUCGGAAGGGGCACCUAACCAUGCACAAACUGAUUCACACCGGCGAGAAACCAUUUAGCUGUGCUGACUGCGGGAAAAGCUUCAAUCGGAAGGGCCACCUAACCAUGCACAAUCUGACUCACACAGGAGAGAAACCAUUUAGCUGCGGUGACUGUGGGAAAAGCUUCAAUCGGAAGGGGCACCUAACCAUGCACAAAGUGACUCACACAGGAGAGAAAGCAUUUAGCUGUGGUGACUGUGGGAAAAGCUUCAAUCAGAAAGGGGACCUAAGGAGGCACAAACUAAUUCACACAGGAGAGAAACAACAUGGCUGCUCUGUCUGUGGUAAAGGAUUCACUCAGAAGACGAAUCUGCUGAGGCAUGUGGAUAAAGUCCACAAAGGAAGAAAACAGGACAUAAACUAAAAGAAGAAAGGACAUUAGGACAAAGAUUGUCUGUCAGGCCGUAUCACAACCGGCCGUGAUUGGGAGUCCCAUAGGGCGGCGCACAAUUGGCCCAGCAUUGUCCUGGUUUGGCCGGGGUAGGCCGUCAUUGUAAGUAAGAAUUUGUUCUUAACUGACUUGCCUAGAUAAAUAAAAGGUCAGGUAAGUGAAUAAAAAGGCAGGAUGUGGACAAAUCUCUUAGGAAGCAACAGUGAGUUAUGGCCCUCAUCAAAUAUGCAGACGACAUGGCUCUGGUUGCUUGCCUGGAGGUCAAGUCCAUCUCCAGCUACUCCCAGUUCAUUGACUGCCUCUUGACGUGGUUUGACAAUAUCUUAGGAGCUCAGUCUGGGUCUCAACUUACUAUUAAGACUCAGAAUAGUAGAAUACACCGGGUCCAAUUCAGACAUGUGGUUGUGCAUCAGCAGUUUGUUUGUCACUGACAGUCACUCAAUUAGCCAUGUCAGACAAAGCGAAAACAGGUCUUCAGAAAUGUUUGCAAAUGUAUUAAAAAAUGUAACAGAAAUACCUUCUUUACUUAACUAUUCAGGUGCAUCCUGUUUCCAUUGAUCAUCAGAUGUUUCUACAACUUGGAGUCCACCUGUAAAUUCAAUUGAUUGGACAUGAUUUGGAAAGGCACACACUUGUCUAUAUAAGGUCCCACAGUUGACAGUGCAUGUCAGAGCAAAAACCAAGCCAUGAGGUCGAAGGAAUUGUCCGUAGAGCUCCGAGACAGCAAUGUGUCGAGGCACAGAUCUGGGGAAGGGUACAAAAAAACAAUCUGCAGAAUUGAAGGUCCCCAAGAACACAGUGGCCUCCAUCAUUCUUAACCUCUCUAGGGUACGUGAGACGGUAGUGUUCCACCUCUUCAACAGCCAGUGAAACUGCAGGGUGCCAAAUUCAAAACAACAGAAAUCCCAUAAUUAAAAUUCCUCAAACAUACAUGUAUUUUACACCAUUUUAAAGAUACACUUGUUGUAAAUCCAGCCACAGUGUCCGAUUUCAAAAAGGCUUUACGACGAAAGCAAACCAAAUGAUUAUGUUAGGCGAGUGCCUAUUCACAGAAUAACACAGCCAUUUUUCCAGCCAAAGAGACGAUUCACAAAAAGCAGAAAUAUAGAUAAAAUAUAGAUAAAAUCACUAACCUUUGAUGAUCUUCAUCAGAUGACACUCAUAGGACUUCAUGUUACACAAUACGUGUAUGUUUUGUUCGGUAAAGUUCAUAUUUAUAUCCAAAAAUCUGAGUUUACAUUGGUCGCGUUAUGUUCAGUAGUUCCAAAACAACCUUUGAUUUUGCAGAGAGCCACAUCAAUUUACAGGAAUACUCAUAAUAAACAUUGCUCAAAGAUACAACUGUUAUGCAUGGCAUUUUAGAUGCACUCCUCAAUGCAACCGCUGUGUCAGAUUUCAAAAAAGCUUUACGGAAAAAGCAAACCAUGAAAUAAUCUGAGUCGACGCUCAGAGCCCAAUCAAGACACAAAUAUAUCCGCCAUAUUAUGCAGUCAACAAAACUCAUAAAUAGCAUUAUAAAUCUUCACUUACCUUUGCUGAUCUUCGUCGGAAUGCACUCCCAGGACUCCCACAAGAAAUGUUUGUUUUGUUCGGUAAUGUCCAUUAUUUAUGUCCAAAUAGUUACUUUUGUUAGCGCGUUUGGUAAACAAAUCCAAAGUCACGAAGCGCGUUCACUAAAAGCAGACGAAAUGUCAAAAAGUUCCGUAACAGUCAGUAGAAACAUGUCAAACGAUGUAUUGAAUCAAUCUUUAGGAUGUUUUUAGAUGUGUGUAGAUUGAUGAGAGAAACAAAAUGUAAUGUUAGAAUAUGGCUGUAAAGUAACAAUUUGGAAAAGUUGAGGUGUCUGAAUAUUUUCAGAAUGUACUGUGUAUAAAGAGGUAGGAGCUGCCAUACUACGGCUCCUGUGAAGCAGUUGUUGUGGGGGGUUAAGUGCCUUGCUCAAGGGCACGACAGCAGGUAUGGCAUCUAGGAUUUGAUACCAGCAACCACUCACUUGUCCAAUGGGAUUGGAACCCUCCGCUUGUGGUCUUGCCUCUCUUAACCACUAGACUACCUACCACCUGUUGGAGGAAAGUAUUGUAGGAAACUCACAGGUCCCCUGUUCAAAGUCUCUUGAUGUUUUAAAAACUGAAAUUCCUGAUUGUUUGUUUUGAUGAGAGAAUAGUCUGACCUGAUGUUAUUGAUACAUAAAAAAUAUCAUCCUUCCAUCUGUCCAAGAGUAUUUAUCAUAGAUUGUCCUAAUGCUGCUAAUAAAUGAUAUUGAUUUAA